GGUUGAAUGAUUUUGACCCCACAUCAGCAAGAGCACCUUCAUCAAACGUUUGUGUGUCUGAGAUUGUCAGUUGAGUGUUGCUUCAGCUCCUUAUGGAGCUCUCUACUUCUUCAUCAUCUUCUCUUCAUUCACAUUCCAUAAUUCCCACAUGGAAUUCCAAAAACUACUACUCUUUCAAACCACCCAUUUCAGCUAAGUCCACAACCCCAAAAUCUUCCAAACGGUUUGGUUCAAUUGGGCUGCACCAUCAUCAUCACACAAGUUUCUCUGCUCAUGUUUCAAAACCGAAGAGACAGUGUAAACCCAUUUCCAUCAGGGCCUGCAGUGAAGUUGGAGCUGCUGGAUCUGAUCGUCCAUUUGCUGACAAAGUUUUAGAUUUUAAAGAUGCAUUCUGGAGAUUUUUAAGGCCACAUACUAUCCGUGGGACAGCAUUAGGCUCUUUUGCUUUGGUGUCAAGAGCGUUGAUUGAGAACUCAAAUCUGAUAAAGUGGUCUCUUUUGUUGAAAGCACUCUCUGGACUUUUUGCUCUGAUUUGUGGGAAUGGUUAUAUAGUUGGCAUCAAUCAAAUAUAUGAUAUCGGCAUUGACAAGGUAAACAAACCUUAUUUACCUAUAGCUGCAGGAGAUCUUUCUGUCCAAUCUGCAUGGUACUUGGUUAUAUUCUUUGCAGCAGCUGGCCUUUUGACUGUAGGAUUGAACUUUGGAUCUUUUAUUUUUUCUCUUUACUCCUUCGGCCUUUUUCUUGGUACUAUCUAUUCCGUUCCUCCGCUUAGGAUGAAACGGUUUCCUGUUGCAGCAUUUCUUAUUAUUGCUACGGUACGAGGUUUUCUACUUAACUUCGGUGUGUACUACGCCACUAGAGCUGCUCUUGGACUUGCUUUUGAGUGGAGCUCUCCUGUGGUUUUUAUCACAACUUUCGUAACAUUUUUCGCAUUGGUAAUUGCUAUAACAAAAGAUCUUCCAGAUGUUGAAGGAGAUCGCAGGUAUCAGAUAUCGACCUUUGCUACAAAAUUAGGAGUUCGGAACAUUUCUUUCCUUGGUUCUGGAAUUUUGCUGAUGAACUAUGUUGUUACCAUAUUGGCAGCAAUUUAUAUGCCACAGGCUUUCAGGAGAUGGUUACUGAUACCAGCUCAUGCAAUAUUUGCUUCAAGCUUAAUUUACCAGGUGCAGAUAUUAGAAAAAGCAAAUUAUACAAAGGAAGCAAUAUCAGGAUUCUAUCGAUUCAUAUGGAAUCUGUUCUAUGCCGAGUAUGCAUUAUUUCCUUUCAUCUAGCAAACUGUGCUACAUUUUUACUUGGAAAAAUUGCACACAUGCAUCCAAAAAUGCAGCGGUUGCUUGACCAAAGCCGGUCAAUAAGACAAAGCCGUUCAAUAAGAAAAAUCUUAGUUAUAUCGAGUAUCUAUUCUUAAAGUAUUAACAAUUUUUUUUAAUGGUUUGAGUAAAUUUUUGUAUAUAGUAUAGUGCUUCCUUUUAAUGAGAUGUAUUGCCAUGAGAAUUGUAUACAACGGCCAGAUUUCAUUUGUGUUGGAACAAAUUCCAAUGGUGAAUGUGAUAAUAUACUCAUGUGAACUCUACCAAAAAUAAAAUAAAAUAAAAAAACAUACUCAAGUGAA